AUCCAUACUUAACUCAUUUACCUUACACUGACUCCACCACAGUACUUCCCAUUUCUCAGCUUAGAGAUGUUGAGACCUCUCCUUCUCAAACGUUCCCUUCGUCUCCACCACCAUCACUACCACCACUCUUCAAAUCCUUCACAUUCCCACCCUCUCCGAACCCUAACUCCUCAAAACCCCUUUCUCCGCCGAUUCUCCUCUUUACCAGAACCCAACACCGAUGCCGAAACCCGCAAAUACAUCGGCUACACCGCCCUCCUUCUCUUCUGUGGCGCCGCCACAUACUACUCCUUUCCAUUACCUGAAAACGCCAAGCACAAAAAAGCUCAGAUCUUCCGGUACGCUCCAUUGCCGGAGGAUCUCCACACUGUUUCGAACUGGAGUGGUACUCAUGAGGUUCAGACUCGUAAUUUUCAUCAGCCGGAGAAUAUUGAUGAGCUGGAGCGUGUUGUUAGUGAGGCACAUAAGGGUAAGACAAGAAUUAGGCCGGUUGGGUCGGGGCUUUCUCCGAAUGGGAUUGGGCUUUCGAGAAUUGGGAUGGUGAAUUUGAGUCUUAUGGAUUCAAUAUUGGAAGUUGAUAAGGAGAAGAAGAUAGUGAGAGUGCAGGCUGGGAUUAGAGUGCAGCAGCUUGUUGAUGGGAUUAAGGAACAUGGACUUACUCUUCAGAAUUUUGCUUCCAUUAGGGAACAACAAAUUGGUGGCAUUAUUCAGGUUGGUGCACAUGGCACUGGUGCAAGAUUGCCUCCUAUUGAUGAACAAGUCAUUGCCAUGAAACUAGUCACCCCUGCCAAGGGGACAAUAGAAAUCUCAAAAGAGAAAGAUCCGGAGCUGUUUUAUCUUGCUCGUUGUGGCCUUGGAGGACUUGGAGUUGUGGCGGAAGUCACCCUACAGUGCGUUGAUCGUCAGGAGCUUGUGGAGCACACAGUUGUCUCAACCAUGGAUGAGAUAAAGAAGAAUCAUAAGAAAUUGCUAUCUGAAAAUAAGCAUGUCAAGUACCUUUACAUCCCCUAUACUGACUCUGUCGUGGUUGUGAGAUGCAAUCCUGUUUCAAAGUGGAAAGGUCCCCCGAAGUUCAAGCCAAAAUAUACUAAAGAUGAAGCCAUACAGCAUGUUCGUGACCUUUAUAGGGAGUCCCUCCAGAAAUAUAGAGUGGAAGGAACUAGGAGUAAAUCAUCAGAUGAUGAACAAAAUAUAGAUGAGCUUUCAUUUACAGAAUUAAGAGAUAACCUAAUUGCCCUAGACCCACUCAAUAAAAAUCACAUCGUCAAGGUCAACCAAGCCGAGGCCGAGUUUUGGAAGAAGUCAGAAGGAUAUAGGGUUGGAUGGAGUGAUGAAAUAUUGGGUUUUGAUUGUGGAGGCCAACAGUGGGUAUCAGAGACAUGUUUCCCUGCUGGAAAACUGGCAACACCAAGCAUGAAAGAUCUUGAAUACAUUGAAGAGCUGAAGAAACUUAUAGAGAAACAUGAGAUACCUGCUCCUGCUCCAAUUGAGCAGCGGUGGACAGGUAGCACCAGGAGUCCCAUGAGUCCUGCUUCAAGUUUGUCAGAGGAUGAUAUAUUUUCUUGGGUUGGUAUAAUCAUGUACCUCCCUACCAUGGAUGCUCGCCAGAGAAAAGAUAUAACGGAAGAAUUCUUUCAUUACAGACAUCUGACUCAGACAAAAUUAUGGGAUAAUUACUCCGCUUAUGAACACUGGGCAAAAAUUGAGGUUCCAAAGAACAAGGAUGAGCUUAUAGCUCUCCAAGCAAGGCUGAGAAAGCGGUUUCCUGUGGAUGCAUACAAUAAGGCGAGAAGGGAAUUGGAUCCCAACAGGAUUCUUUCGAAUAACAAGUUGGAAAAGUUCUUCCCCGAAUCAGAAACCAUAUGAAAUUAUGGGUUUGUUAUUUUUCUAAACUCUUCCUUUGUAGUAUAUCUUCGACUUUAAGUUCUUGACUGAAGCCGCACAUUUCGAACUUCAGGAAGCAAAAUGGUAGUUACAUAGACAAUGAGGAUUAUUAUUAUACAUAAAUAUACAUUCUUUCAGUUCAUUGCCUGUGUGGAAAGAUGCCUUGAAGUCAAAAGAAGCUUUAAGAGUUGCAAUGUAGGGAACUAUCCACUACUCCCCUCUUGUUUUAAUAAGGCAUGAUAUGCUAGAAUUUAGAUUUGGAGGUUUUAGAUGGAUCCUUACCAUAAGUAAGAUCUCGAUGUUGAUUACCUUGUUUGUAAAAGACUAAGAGUUGCACUGGAAAACAGAUUAAUGUUUAUCCAAAUCAA